AUGUCUCCUGGGGCCACUUUCCACAUUGUCCUGAAGCAGGACGGACAACUGUUCCCCCUUGUGGACGACUUUUCGACCCUCAGCCCCUUCAGCACGGGAGGCGACUCGCUGAUCAUCAAGGAACGCCUUCCUCUCACGGAGGCUCACUACUCUCAAACGGAUACCAGCAUGAACAGCAAGAUCUGGGACCUCAUUCCCAUCAUGGAACAGAGGGAACUUGAGUCGCUCCACACAAUGUUUGAGAUGUUCCGUCUGGUUCACCAGACCAAGGACGGAGUUUACGACCGUAGAGUCGUUAAGAACAAGAUGAAGGACCACCUGUUCAACCAUGAGCUUAUCCGCCUUCACUGCCUCAAGUGUAUCGACAACAUCCUCCAUUCGGUUUGGUAUGCCCACACGCCCAUCUCCUUCACGACGUGGGGAGGUCUUGAAAACAGGAAGCCCAAAGGUCAAAUCGAGCCGCUCCAGGCCGUUCUCAAGCGUGCCGACGCUAUGAAGGCGGAGGGAAACAGGUUCUACUCUGAAGAAAAGUAUGGCAAGGCGCUCAAGACUUACCGCGAUGCUCUGGAGAGCACACUCUGGAACAACCUUGCCACGACUAUCCUCAAGCUUACCGACGUCCAUGGCCGUAACUUUCACUUAUUUACCGCUGCUUGCCGCAGCGCCCAAGUUGCCAUGGAUAUGCGCUUCAUCACCCACCGCCAGCUCGCCAAGGCCUAUGCUCGUUCUGCCGAGGCAAUGCUCGGUGUUCAGCAGUCCCAGCCCUCCAAGCUCGAGUUGGACGGCGUCCCCAUCAAGAUGCGCCUGACGCUGGACGCGGCGACCGACAUCAACAUGAAGCCCAACACGGUCUACUCGGUCAUGGUGUCGCUCGCGGACCCCGACAACGGUUCCUGGGCCCACGCCAACUGCCACGACCGCCACGAUGGCUGCAUCUCGCUCGCCGUGGCCCAGAAGCGCAUCGACGCGGCCCGUGAGAAGGGCAAGAGCAGUCUCGCUCUCCCUAGCGGUAUCCAUGUUGUCAUCGAGGUCCCGCCAGCUUAG